AUGGAUAUAAUUUUUACUAUCAACGGAAAAUCCUACAAACUCAAUCCAACCACCGUCCCAAUUGAUACCUCACUUAACGCGUUCAUACGAAACUAUGCGAAUCUGAGCGGGACUAAAUUUAUGUGUCUGGAAGGAGGCUGCGGAGCAUGCAUUGUCAACGUGAAUGGAAUUCAUCCCGUGACUAAGCAGAAACUUUCGUGGGCAGUCAAUUCGUGUUUGUUCCCAGUUUUUUCUUGUCACGGUUUAGAUGUUGUCACGGUGGAAGGAAUCGGCGACAAACAGGAUGGCUAUCACUCAACGCAGAAAGCUUUGGCGUAUUUCAACGGUACGCAGUGCGGUUACUGUUCCCCCGGGAUGGUCAUGAACAUGUACAGUUUGCUGGAGUCCAAGCAAGGCAAGGUAACGAUGGCCGAGGUUGAAAACGCUUUCGGAGGCAACAUGUGCCGCUGUACCGGUUACCGGCCAAUUCUGGAUGCAUUCAAGUCGCUGGCGGUUGAUGCGGAACCACGCCUAAAACAAGCUUGCCAGGAUAUAGAGGACCUAACCAAAAUUUGUCCUAAAACGGGUGUCACUUGUGCAGGGAAAUGUUCAGCUGUAGAAGAAAUCCAACGGCAGAACGCGAUUCAUUUUAGUUUCGCAGAUGGUAAAGAAUGGCAUAAGGUUUAUUCCGUAAGUGACGUGUUUGCUAUUUUUGAGAAAAUUGGGUCAAAACCGUACAUGCUGGUUGCUGGCAAUACUGCUCACGGUGUCUAUAGAAAAUCCAACAAUUUGCAAGUAUUCAUCGACGUCAACUCAAUCGAACAACUGCGAUCUCAUUCAUGUGAUAGCCAGCUCAAUAUUGGAGCCAACGUUUCAUUGACAGAACUGAUGAGCAUACUCACUAAUGCCGCUGGAAAAACAGGAAAUUACAAAUACUGUUUGGAGCUGGUAAAACACAUCGACUUGAUUGCCAACGUUCCGGUGCGCAAUACGGGCACGAUUGCAGGAAAUCUAUGUAUUAAAAAUCAACAUAAAGAGUUUCCGUCAGAUCUCUACUUAAUUCUAGAGGCAGUGGGGGCAAAACUCACUAUUGUGGAAUCGGGCGGUAAGACCAUUACGGUCACUCCAGAAGCAUUCACAAACAUGGAUAUGAACAAAAGAAUAAUUUUAAACGUUAUCCUACCUCAGUUGGAUCCGGUUACGUAUAAAUUUCGAACUUUCAAAAUCAUGCCAAGAGCCCAGAAUGCCCAUGCCUAUGUCAAUGGAGCAUUUUUGUUCAAGUUCAGUUCAAACAAAACAACCGUUGACUCAGCAGCAAUAUGCUUUGGAGGAAUUAAUCCGGAGCUUACUCACGCUACGGAAGCGGAAAAAUACAUCACCGGCAAGAGUAUGUUCUCCCCCGAUACAUUUCAAAGUACCGUUCAGAUUCUUUCCAAGGAACUCAAUCCUGAUUGGGUUCUACCGGACGCAUCCCCAGCGUACCGUAAAAACCUAGCCUUGUCACUAUUUUACAAAGCGUCUCUAAGCGUUGCUUCGGAAAUAGGAAUUUCUAUUGAACCUCGCUUCCUGUCCGGAGGAACAACUCUAGAACGCCCGCUUUCAACCGCUUCCCAGCGCUUCGAUACCUACAAAGAAAACUGGCCGCUCACAAAGAAUGUGCCAAAAAUCGAAGGACUUGCGCAGACAUCCGGUGAAGCCAGAUACGCGAAUGACAUACCAACUCUACCCAAUGAACUGUACGCAGCAUUCGUUCUCGGUACAAAACCCCAUUCGAAGCUGGAAAAAGUUGUUGCCGAUGAAGCUCUGAAAAUUCCUGGAGUCGUAGCUUUCUUUUCAGCCAAAGACAUUCCUGGAGCAAACAACUUCAUGUACUUCCCGAACUUUAUGGGAACCGAUAUUGAAGAGGUCUUCGCUAGCGAAACAGUGGCAUACCAUGGGCAACCGAUCGGAAUGAUCGUUGCAGAAUCGUUUGCUUUGGCAAACCGUGCAGCGGAACUGGUUCAAAUAACCUACGGUUCGCCAAAACCCACAACUGUUCUACCAACCGCGCAGGCAGUGCUGCAAGCAAAUGCUCAGGAUCGCAUCAAGGAGAUGCCAUACAGCACUCACGGUGGUAAUUACGACGCUGCUCCGAAAGGCGAUCUAAAGGUUAAGGGGCGCUUCGAGAUCGGUGGUCAGUAUCAUUACUACAUGGAAACGCAAACUUGCGUUUGCAUCCCUAUCGAGGACGGCAUGGACGUGUACUCAUCAACUCAGUGGGUCGACCUAACGCAAAUGGCCAUUGCUCGAAUGUUGAAAGUACCGCAAAACAGUUUAAAUCUAUACGUCCGACGUCUUGGAGGAGGAUACGGUGGUAAAGGAACUCGCGCUACGCUGGUUGCUUGUGCUUGUGCUUUGGCCGCCCAUAUUACUAAACGACCAGUACGAUUUGUUAUGACGUUGGAAGCCAACAUGAAAGCCAUCGGUAAGCGUUACCCAGUGAUUUCGGACUACGAGGUAGAGGUUAACAAAGAUGGAAAGAUUGUUAAACUCUUCAACGAAUACGUUCAUGAUUUCGGUUCCAACUGGAACGAGUCAAUGGGUCAUGCGGGUGAGUUUUUCAGUAAUUGCUAUGACAAGGGUGUCUUUAAAACAGUGGCAAAGGGUGCGAAAACAGAUUGUGCCAGUAACACCUGGUGCCGUGCUCCAGGUACUACUGAAGGUGUUGCUAUGAUUGAGAACAUUAUGGAGCAUGUCGCGUUUGCCACCGGAUUAGAUCCGCUGGAAGUUCGUAUGGCUAAUAUGCCUAAAGACUUGAAAAUGCUGGAGAUGUUACCACAAUUUCGCGCCGAUGUGGAGUUUGACGCUCGCCGUAAGGAAAUCGACCAAUUCAACACGGAGCAUCGCUGGCGAAAACGAGGAAUUGCAAUUGUUCCAAUGCGGUACCCGCAAGGAUAUUUUGGUUCACUGCAUGCGAUUGUCAGCGUGUACCACGACGAUGGAACGGUUUCCAUUUCCCACGGUGGCAUUGAAAUGGGACAGGGUAUGAAUACCAAGGUUGCACAGGUUGCUGCCCACAUUCUGGGAAUUCCGCUGGAUAAAAUAAGUAUCAAACCAACAAAUAAUUUGACCUCUCCGAAUGCUAUUUGUACGGGUGGCAGUAUAACGAGCGAAACAGUCAGCUAUGCCGUCAAACGCGCUUGUGAAAUGUUACUCGAGCGUAUUAAACCAAUCCGAGAUGAACAGAAGGACGCGUCUUGGGAAGAACUGAUCGAGAAAUGUUUCUCUCAGAGUGUAGACCUAUGUGCUACUUACAUGUACAAAGCUUCUGACCUCGUACCGUACGUGAUUUGGGGUCUAAGUUGUUCUGAAAUAGAAGUGGAUAUUCUAACUGGCAAUGUUCAGUUGACAAGGGUCGACAUCCUGGAAGAUGUUGGUGAAAGUCUUAGCCCCGGAAUCGAUGUUGGCCAGAUUGAAGGUUCAUUCGUAAUGGGACUCGGAUACUACUUAACGGAGGCACUCGUAUUUGAUCCCAAGGAUGGUGCACUUUUGACCGAUCGAACUUGGACCUACAAACCACCGGGCGCCAAAGAUAUUCCGGUUGAUUUCCGAAUUCGUUUCUUGAAAAAUAGCAGUAACCAGACGGGAGUGCUUCGCUCUAAGGCGACCGGAGAACCGGCAAUGAAUAUGACUAUUUCAAUUAUUUUUGCUUUGAGACACGCACUGCUGUCUGCUAGGAAAGAUGCCGGCCUACCGAAAGAGUGGAUUCCACUUGGAGCUCCUUCAACUCCUGAUCAAAUCUUUUUGCUUGCCGGCAAUUCUGUGGAGCAGUUAAAGAUUAAUUAACUUUUAGGUAUUAUGCAUAGUAUUUGUCAUGGGUAAUUUU